AUGUCUCUCCAUCAGUCUGAGCUAUACGUCAACGGCGUUGACCAAGGACAUCUCAAUGGAAUCAGAGUUCCAGACUACGAUGGUCCCAUCACUGAUGUCACUUCUAAUGAUCUAAUCUGUAACGGUGGUAUCAAUCCAUACCAUCAGCCCAUCUCUCAGACUAUCAUCCCUGUUCCCGCCGGGGCCCAAGUCACUGCUGAAUGGCACCACACACUCGAUGGGUAUGAUCCCACAGAUCCAGCGGAUCCAAUCGAUUCAAGUCACAAAGGUCCAGUUAUCUCAUAUCUAGCCGCAAUCCCUAACGCUACGCAGACCGAUGUUACUGGUCUGAAAUGGUUCAAGAUUUGGGAAGAUGGGUAUAUCGCUGCGAACCAGACCUGGGGUGUCGAUCGGCUCAUCGCGAAUAAGGGCAAUGUAACGUUCAAUGUCCCGUCAUGUAUCCCCGCAGGACAGUAUUUACUCAGGCAUGAGAUAAUCGCUCUACACGCGGCGAGUACAUAUCCUGGGGCUCAAUUCUACAUGGAGUGCGCUCAACUCCAGAUCACUGGCGGAGGAAGCACCCAACCGGAAACUGUAAGCUUCCCGGGUGCCUAUGCUGGGACUGAUCCCGGUAUCACCAUCAACAUCUAUUACCCACCAGUCACCAACUAUACCGUCCCAGGACCCGACGUUUUUACAUGCUAA